AUGCAACCUGUUGCCUGUACAGUUAGCCCUAAGGGACCUUGGAGACAACUCUUCCUAGUGGGCAUUCAUGACUGGCCUGCUGUUUCUCAAUCUAGACUCCAGACAGGUAUGCGUGGUGCCUUUGGAAAGCCCCAGGGCACAGUGGCCAGGGUCCACAUUGGCCAGGUCAUAAUGUCCAUCCGCACCAAGCUGCAGAACAAGGAGCAUGUGAUUGAAGCCCUCCGCCGGGCCAAGUUCAAGUUCCCUGGCCGUCAGAAGAUCCACAUCUCCAAGAAGUGGGGAUUUACCAAGUUCAAUGCGGAUGAAUUUGAGAACAUGGUGGCAGAAAAGCGACUCAUCCCGGAUGGCUGUGGGGUCAAAUACAUCCCUAAUCGUGGUCCCCUGGACAAAUGGCGGGCCCUGCACUCAUGAGCAUCAGCUCUGUUCCCUCCUUAAUCCUGCUCAC